AUGGCCCCGGCCGGACCGGCCUCCCCGCCGCUCGGCCACGCGGCCCGCUCCUCUCCGCGCCGCCCACGCGCCGCCCCGCACGGCCGCUCGCCCCCACGCGUCGCGCCGCCGCUGGGCCGCAUCUCCCAGCGCGGCCCACUCGCCCGCACCGGCUGGGCCGCCUUGCCCGCCGCGCGGCCUGCCUCCCCUGUCCGGCCCCAGAUCCGGUUCGGCCGGGCUGCUGACCGGCCUGUCCGGCUCCAGCUCCGGUCGGCCGGCCUGUGGGCUGGCUGGGCCGAUUUUCAUUCAACGUCCGAGCCCGCCAUUGUCGCCGCCACCAGCACGGGAACCGUCCCCGCCAUCGCCACCACCGUCGACGGCGUGCUCCGGAUCCCCACCGAGUCCUCCGCCAAGUGCCGACGCAAGCUGCAGCCCACACGCGCCGCCGGUGGCGCCAUGCUCCCGCUAGCCGCCGUGCCACACCCCGGCGCGGCCUACUACUCCGUCGUCGCCGACCCGCUCCUGCAGGGCGGUGGUGGCGGCGCGGUCUCCGUCGCCGGCGUCUCGCGCUGUCGCCGCGGCCCAGCAGGGCCUCGUCCCCGUCUUCGCCGUCCCGUCCGCCGCCGGCGCCGCCGGCAGCCACAUGAGCCCGAUUGA